AUGUAUUGUAUCGAUAUCCAAACACCACCACCUUUCUCUAUAUUAGUUCCAUAUUAUAACGUAUAUAUUCGUUGGGCAAAAUCAGCGGAUUGUAAUCCGAAUGCACCAUUAACAAAUUUUCAAAUAACAUUACAUAAUGAUCCAAAAACAGCUGGAACUAAAGUUUCACCAAAGGUUAAAUCAGAAUGGUCACAACAGGUAGCUGUUGACGUUCCGAGAAUGGAAUUUUUAUGGAAAAUACCAUUAAUUUCGGAAGAUACGGUCAAAAAUAUGUCACUAUUUUAUAUAAAAGUGGAAACAGAAGGAAUAAUUAAUAGUGGAGUAUAUACAGUUUUCGGAGUCACAGGACCAUUUACAAUUUGGAAAUCACCGGAUACUGUUAAUAAAACUUUAUAUGGGCCACCACCACCACCAAAGGAUAGUAGUAAGAAUGAAACUAAACAGAAUUUUGUGUCGCUGGGAAAUGUGAAUACUUUAAGGUAUAUUACAUUGGAAGAUACGUUAUUUAAUGUGGCAGCUCUUUUGUCUAUAAUUAUGGCUGCAGUCGCAUUAUUUUUGUUAUAA